AGAAAACAAAUGUAACUUGGGACGGAGGAAACGAAAAUUUGGAAGGAGAGAAAUUAGAAAACGCUGGGAAUGGUGCGCUCAUGCGUAAGCUUCUAGAGAGAAGGUGGUGAAGAUGCUGAGAAUAGGCGUACGGAAUUUGGCAUCUCUGUGGAAGAGCCCAAACUCCUUUCUCGGUGUCACAUCGCCGCCGGCGUCCAAUCCUAGAAUCGUGGUUGAGACUGUCCGGCCGCUUACUUUCCGAUGCUUCUCCGCGAAGCCGUUCGCAUCGUCGCCGGCGUCCAAUCCUCGAAUCAUGGCUCCCAGCACGGCAGCCGGACUCGUCGAGGAUCUUCUGUUUGAUGAUGAAAUCUCUACUGUUCCUAAGACCGAUACGAUUCCGACUCCCCUGCAACCUGGCGUCGUCGUUUAUGACGGCGUCUGUCAUCUCUGUCAUAAAGGAGUAAAAUGGGUUAUUAAAGUAGACAAGGAUAGAAAGAUUAAGUUCUGUUGCCUUCAAUCAAAAGCUGCUGAACCAUACAUGAGCUUAUGUGGAGUUGAUAGAAAUGAUGUUGAACGUCGUUUCUUGUUCAUUGAAGGCCCAGGUCUAUACCAUCAAGGCUCAACUGCUGCACUGAAGGUUUUGUAUCACCUGCCAUUUCCAUACUUCGUACUAAGUGCAUUCAUGGUUAUCCCCAAACCUCUAAGGGAUGCUGUCUAUGACUAUGUUGCAAAGAGACGCUACCACUGGUUUGGGAAAGACAAUGAUUGCUUAGUUCUUCAGGAGAAAGAGUUGCUGGACCGUUUCAUUGAUGCAGAAGAAUUGCUGAGACGAAAUCAAUCUGCUCUGUGAAUUGCUCUUCUUGAUCGAGUUCACGAGGUUUCUGCUGUUAUCUGUUUCUUUUCAUUGGUUCGCUCACAUUUUUAUCCUUCAUAAUUAAUAGGAUUGGGAAGCCUUAAAAUGUUGCAUGCAUUCUCGUAGAUUUUAACCCACCGCGAUAUAUAUAUAUGGGAGUAAAUCUGUAAUGAAAGGAUUAAGAGAGUAGAAGCUAUAUGAACUCUUAGUCUAUAUUCAGAGGUAUUAUUAAUCCAAAUUUCGAUUUGGAGACUGAAAAACUUAAGUGAAAAAUAGAUGUAGGAUUGGGAGUAGAUCAAGAAAAAACUUUACACUCCAUCUUAAUUUAGAAGCUUUAUUUCAAAUAUAUAACGUUAUAAAUAACUUGAACAAAAAUGGGAAAAUGGGAAGAAAUUAAGUAUAACAUACAAUAACCUAAAAAUAAAAAGCACAGCCAUAAGCAAAAGAUAAAUUGGAUCAUAAACAGUAUAAACACAUAAACAAGAAACUAAUGAAAACAUGUCUCUUCAGUUCAGGUCUCCAAGUUUCAUCCGCAUGGUUUGCUCGGAAGAACGAAAGUUAUGAUUUUGUUCAUCAUAAGAGACAGCAAAAAUCACACAUAUUUUUCGCAGAGAAAAAAGGAUGCGCUAUCAA